AAAAGACCACAGAGAUUUAUUUCCAGGAAAAAAAAAAAAGUAUGUGAUGAGAAAGAUGAGUGCAGUGUACGUGAGUCUUCACAAAUAUCCGAGUUUACAGAUCAUACUAUUUCAUAUUAUCCGGAGCCGCUGAGUCUCUAUAAUUGCAACAGCAUGAAACACCUUCAGAUUUUUCUAAGCGUGCUUCACUCUGCAGGGCCAAGGUAAUAUAACGUAAUGGAGUUCGUAGUUUAGGGUCCGCCCUCUGGAUCCGCCGGAGCCAUUGAACAUCGCAGUGUCCGCCAGGCCCGCGGCGGGGGUAGCGCACGCUCCUGGAUUCAUCACGGGUCGGAGAGGAGCGAGGCGCUGUAAAUGUUAGGCGCACGCAGCUAUGGCAGCGCCAACCGCCUUUUAUACCCGCCAGUCUCCAGGACCCCUGGGAAAGCCGCCGUACGUCGGGAUUUAAGAACAAAAUGUAUCUUUCUUUUCCGUCGUUUGUUACGAUAGGUUCCGAUUUAUAGCGUUUGCAUGUUCGUGUUUUCGUAAGCUUCGCAAACGCACGGGUGUUUUUGUUGAGGCGUCCAAAUGAAUUUCCAGAAUACACGAAAUACAUUAUUUUCUCAGCACACAUGAAGCUUCGACAAUUUUUACUGAUGCAGGCUACUGAUCGCAAUUUCGUGGCAGAGAACCUGCAUUUUUCUUGCGUGAGUUUCAAAUACUAAUAAGAUAAAUUGUUGUUCACAUCACGCCGUGCACCAGCCCCCAGGAAUUCGAGCAUCCUUCCGCCGCACGGCCGUGUAAGUGUCCCUCACGCCAUAGGGAGGAUCCGCAGAAACCCCGCACAGAGGAUGCUUCGGGUGUAAACUGAAGAACGAUGGGGAAAGAUCAGGAAUUGCUUCAGGCGGUGAAGACCGAGGACCUAAUAACGGUGCAGAAACUCCUGCAGAGGCCCAAACCCGGCAAAGCAAAGUUGCUUGGUUCUGCCAAGAAGGUGAACGUCAAUUUCCAAGACACGGAUGGGUUUUCUCCUCUCCACCAUGCUGCCCUCAAUGGGAACCUGGAGCUCAUCUCUCUGCUGCUGGAAUCUCAGGCACUGGUGGACAUAAGAGACCAGAAAGGCAUGCGUCCUCUCCACUAUGCUGCAUGGCAGGGCAGAUCUGAACCCAUGAAGAUGCUGCUGAAGUCGGGCUCCUCGGUGAAUGGCCAAUCAGAUGAGGGCCAGAUCCCCCUCCACCUGGCUGCACAGCACGGGCACUAUGACGUGUCGGAGAUGUUGCUGCAGCACCAAUCCAACCCCUGCAUCGUGGACAACGCGGGGAAGACGCCGCUGGACCUGGCAUGCGAGUUCGGCCGAGUCGGAGUGGUCCAGCUUCUCCUCAGCAGUAACAUGUGUGCAGCUCUUCUGGAGCCCAAACCUGGAGACUCGACCAAUCCCAAUGGCACGAGUCCACUACACCUGGCAGCCAAGAACGGACACAUCGACAUCAUCAGACUCCUGAUCCAAGCGGGCAUCGACAUCAACAGGCAGACCAAGGCAGGCACUGCCCUUCACGAGGCAGCACUGUGUGGCAAGACAGACGUGGUGCGCCUCCUGCUGGAUAGUGGCAUCAAUGCGGCGGUGCGGAAUACGUACAGUCAGACAGCUCUAGACAUUGUCUACCAGUUCACUGCCACGCAGGCCAGCAGAGAGAUAAAACAAAUGCUGAGAGAUGCAUCAGCUGCCCUGCAGGUCAGGGCUCUGAAGGACUACUGCAACAACUAUGAUCUGACAAGCCUCAACAUCAAAGCGGGAGAUGUCAUAACGGUUCUGGAGCAACACUCUGAUGGCAGGUGGAAGGGCUGUAUCCAUGACAACCGCACAGGAAACGACCGAGUGGGCUAUUUCCCUUCCAGCAUAGUGGAGGUGAUCUGCAAGAGGCCAGGUGCAGCAGGUUCAUGGAGUACAGUCGUUUGUAGCCAACAGUAUCAAACCAUCCCGCUGUGCCCACCGGCGAGGGGGGGCCUGUCCCCCACCGUCGCCAUGGUGAACGGCGACUCGUAUCAUGAGAUUCAUAUCCUGCCUCUUCCUCCACCCGCGACACAUGCCCAUCCGCCCCUUUUUACUUCCUUUGGCUAUAACAGGUCGCAAAGCACCACAGCUCAACCACUCAGCCAAUCAGGUUCCCGCGGCUCAGAGUCCAGCCCUCACGGCUCGCCGACUCCCUCCGGCGGGCCACAGGGGGGCAGCAGUGAGGAGAUCUGGGUCCUGCGCAAGCCUGUGGCAGGUGGGGACCGCAGUAGUGUGAGUAGCUCAGGCAGUAUUGUGAGUGCGCGCUCCUCAGGCAGUGGGCAGAGUGCUGGCAGCAGCUCACACAUCCUCCAUGCUCAGGCGGAGGGAGUGAAGCUUCUGGCCACGGUAUUGUCUCAGUCAGCGAAAGCUAAAGAACACCUUCUGGAACAGUCGAAGUCCCUGGAGCAGUCAUCUGUCACCGCCACCAAGGCACCCACUGCUCGCAGUCAGAGUGUGUCGAGCUGUCCGCUACAUGAACAGCCGUACUCGGAGGCGGGGCCACAGCGGAAAGGGGAUGUGGUCUCCGAGGGGAAGAGCUCAGAGGCCGUUAUCGAAUGGCUGAGCGAAUUUCAGCUGCAAGUCUACGCUCCAAACUUCAUCACCACUGGCUUUGACAUUGCCACCAUUAGCCAAAUGACCCCAGAGGACCUAACAGCCAUUGGCGUGACUAAGCCAGGCCACCGUAGGAAGAUGACCACAGAGAUGAAUAAACUGGCUGGACCACCCAUCCACCUAGAGUGGCUGCCUGACCAAAAACCCGCUAAUCUUGGCGAGUGGUUGUCUAUGAUUGGGCUGAGUCAGUACUACCAGGUUCUGGUCCAAAAUGGCUAUGAAAACAUUGAGUUCAUCACUGACAUCACAUGGGAGGACCUACAAGAGAUCGGCAUCACCAAGCUCGGCCACCAGAAGAAACUCAUGUUGGCUGUGAAAAAGCUGGCAGAGAUCCAGAAAGGAUCUGAUACUCGAAACAUGACACGCAAGAAGCCUGUGGCCAAUCAGGAGGUGGGGACCACAGAGAGCCCGCCCCCGGACAACACAGAGUCUCCCAAGAUAUCCGCCUUGCAGGACAGCGAGCCGAGCGGGGAGGUGCAGGCCCCUCAGACUCGCCCAGCGGGCACCCAGGACGGGCCUGACGCCCGCGCCAACGGGGGCCCCGUGGCACAGCAACGCAUGCGCAGCCUGCACGAGAACAGCGCCAACAAAAGCCGCGAGAGCGAGGAGCCCAUCAGCCCUCCGAGGAAGGAGGCGCGCGCCAUGCGACAGAGCAGCCAGGUGGCUGGCCAGAGGGGGAACGUCUCCUCCGUCCAGCCAAAACCCCGCCAGUCCUACCAGCAGGGUGCCGGGCCGCCUUACACCCCGCCCCAGACUCCCACCAAGACCAAGCCUCCCUCGUUGCUACCGGCGGCCUUGCCUCAGGUGAAGCCCAAACCCAGUGCGCAGCUGCUGCAGCAGGCAGAGAGGCCCCAGUCCCCUCGCUCUCUGCCCCAGUCUCCCACGCACAGAGCGCAGCCCUCACCGGGCACAGAGAUUGCAGAGGCACCACGGUCAGCGCCGCCGGUCUCUGUGCCACUCCUGUGCCUGCCGGCAGAGGGCGACGGUGAGCAAGGCGGCCCGAAGAAGCGCGCGCACAGCCUGAACCGCUACGCCGUGUCGGAUGGCGAGCAGGAGCGUGACGAGCUGAACGUGCCGGACCCAGGCGAGAAGUACGCCACCGUGCAGCACCGUGUGGGCCGGAGCAGCUCCGUGCGCGGGCAGGCGGACAAAAACGUCAACCGCAGCCAGUCCUUCGCCCUCAGGCAGAAGAAGAAGGGGCCCCCCCCUCCUCCGCCCAAGCGCUCCAGCUCGGCCAUCUCCAGCUCCAGCACCGGCGUAAGCGAGCCGCCUCGGGACGCCGCGGGCCCAGGGCCCCUGCUGGAGGUCGGCUACCAGCCCCAGAGGCGCGCCAGCGACACCAGCGGCUCCGUGGACACGGGCAGCGCGGGCACCGUGAGGAGCAUCGCCGCCAUGCUGGAAAUGAGCUCCAUCGGGGGCGGAGCCAAGGGGCUGGCACUGCAAAAGUCCACGGGCCACCACCUGCAGGUGGGCUCAGCAGGUGGGAAGCAGCACAAUGCUAUCGGUCUGGAUGGAGAGGUCGUGAACCGCCGUAGGACCAUCAGUGGACCGGUCACCGAGCUGGUGGCAGCUGCCAGGAGAGCACCGGGCAUGGCCGAGCCGUUGCAGGCCCGACCCAGCCCACCCUGUGAGCCCCAGCCGGCCUUGGCCGGCAGCUCCAACGAGAACCUCCCCUUCGCCGAGGACGGGAACCUCACCAUCAAACAGAGACCCAGGCAGGGUAGGGGAGAGGGCGAGGAGGGGGCAGACAGCACCUUCCCGCCGCCCCGAGAGGACAGCUCUCGUGUGGAGGGCGCAGGCACUCUGAAGAGAAGAGCAUGGAGCUCCAAACAGCACGCGGACGAAGCCCAGUUCCACCUGACGGAGUCCAACACGGUGAAGCGCAGGCCCAAGAGCAGAGAGAAGGAGCCGGAGGAAGGGCCGGCCGCACCCUAUCAGAACGGCACUGGCACCAUCAAGAGACGCCCCGCCUCCGACGGGACUGUGUCGGAGCAGCCCAGGCCCCAGGAGCACGCAGAGAGCGCCCCCCGCAGGGACAGUGCGGACCUGGGGGGCCCGAUCACUGAUACACCCCGAAAACCUGCCAAACCCCCAGUGUCUCCCAAACCUGUCCUGGCGCAGAACGUGAAGAAGCAGGGACCUCCGGCUGCCACCACAAAGAAAGCCCCCUUCCCAGGGCCGGGGCCAGGCAGCCCAGGUACUACACAGUGCGGCCCUUUCUCAUGCCCUGUCUUUACACAAUUAUUUGAAGGGAAGAAGAUGCCUCCACCCGUUUCUCCGAAGCCCACCCCUCCGCCCACAGCCCCGAAACCGUCCAAGAACAUCCUGCAGUCGAUGAACGUCACACCCAACCAGACACCCUUGCCCUCCCCUGCUAAGCAUCCCGUCACCAAGGUGGCCAGCAGCCCCUCGGCGGCGAACCCCGUUAAAUCCCCUACUCCUCCGGCCCUGAGCCCCCAGACGGCCCACGCGCCCCAGACCCCAGGGACGCCCCAAACCCCACAGACACCCCAGACGCCCCAGACGCCUCAAACCCCACAGACGCCCCAGACCCCAGUGCCUCCGCCCGUAAAACCCCCCCGCUCCUCCAUCAGCGGGGUGUCGCUGGACAGUGGAGGCGGGACAGGGCCCGGCCCGGGGCCAGUGAACGUGGACGCGGUGCAUCAGAAGAUCGAGGAGACAAGCGCCUCAUUGGCUGCCGCUCUGCAGGCCGUGGAGGAGAAGAUUAAAGAGGACAGGCACAGAGACUCAGUGACUGAGAAUAAGAGCACAGUAAGCAUCCUGGAUGACAUAGGCAGCAUGUUCGAUGACCUGGCCGAUCAGCUGGAUGCCAUGCUGGAGUGAAGAGCACGACCAUGUCUCUGUAGCUCCACCUCAGGGCACCCGGAGAGCACACAAAGGGCACAACGACCAACCAACCAACCCUCCCAAAGCCCCCAAUACCCCCAUACACCGCAACCAACCCUCUCAAAGCCCCCCAGUACCCCGCAUACACCCCAACCAACCCUCCCAAAGCCCCCAAUACCCCCAUACACCGCAACCAACCCUCCCAAAGCCCCCCCAAUACCCUCAUACACCGCAACCAACCCUCCCAAAGCCCCCAAUACCCCCCAUACACCUCAACCAACCCUCCCAAAGCCCCCAAUACCCCCCAUACACCUCAACCAACCCUCCCAAAGCCCCCCAGUACCCUGCAUACACCUCAACCAACCCUCCCAAAGCCCCCCAGUACCCCGCAUACACCCCAACCGACCCUCCCAAAGGCCCCCAAUAUCCCCAUACACCCCAACCGACCCUCCCAAAGGCCCCCAAUAUCCCCAUACACCCCAACCGACCCUCCCAAAGGCCCCUGGCUUCACCCCACUCUCCUCCUCUCUCUUUCUUACUCCUCCCCAGAAGUUGGUUUGCACAAACCCCCAGGUGAAGUACCUCAGGACAGGCUAAAAAAACAACAAAACCAUCCAGGGCUGGAGGGACGAGAGGACAUGUUUACCACACAAGACUCAACUGUCUGUUUCUGUUCUGUUCUUGGGAGUCUCUGGGACAUCCUAAGCUAUUGUGAGUCAUGAAUACAAUACAAUGCCAAUAAUUACUGUAUAUGAAAUAAUAGUAUGGUAUGUGUAUAUUAUAAGCAUGAGGAAAGUUUGUACCUAUAAAGAAAAAACUCACAGUGAGAGUCAUGCAUUAGUACAGUAAUAUAUAUAUAAAUAUAUACAAAUAUAUAAAAAUAUUUUUUCUUUUUAUUUGAUGGUAAAUGGUACAAUACAGUGUUAUGUUCAGAACUCUAUGGACUUUCGCUGACAGAAAUACAGAUUUUUCUAUGACCAAAACAGAGUUUAAGAAAGUUACUAAGCUAGCUGUGAGAUGUGUAGUUGCUGUGCUGUGUAGAGGGCUGUGUUGUAGGCUGUGGUGACUAGUGGUUGGAGUACCUGUGUAAAGCCUGCUCUGUCUGCUUGCCUUGGCCUCCUGUACUUCUCUAUGACGUUUUAAUUAACUGCCGCCUCAUUCUGAUUGGUUAAUUACUUACUCCCCUGGCCCUGCCCCUUCUUCAUAAUACCCCACUCUCCCAUACCCCCCAAUCCCCUUCCUGUUCUGUGUGCCUUAACACGACAGGUGACCUCAUUGGCAAUAACACACACGUACACACACGUUGCUCCAGUUGACUUGGGUCAUGGGGGAGCAAUUUCCUGGAGCAGGGGAAGGCGAUGGAGGUUCGAGCCUGAAUACAAGAGGCAGCAGUAACCCCAAACCCAGGCAAACACCCUCUGCAGGCCUCAGAACAGUGGUGUGGUACCGUUAAAGGUUCAGUGAGUGAAUUCAGGGCAGUGUGGUACCGUUAAAGGUUCGGUGAGUGACUUCAGGGAAGUGUGAGACACAAAGAUUCAGGCGUCAACAUGGAGGAAUUGCGGUCUACUAUGUUGUCUAGCUGAGACUGCGCAAGGGUUUGUCCUUCAGAUGAGCUGCAGUUUGAAUACAGGACUUCACAGUCGAUGAUAUAAGGAACCUCAUACGGAUGCUCCACAUGGUUUUUUCAGUCAGUGCAGAUGAACAUCGCAGGAACAGUGCAAGACCAAGAGGGAAAGAAUUGAUUUCGAUCUGAAUCAAACCAAAAGAGCUUUGCAUGUUCUCGGUGGUGAUGAAUGACGAUUGUGUGAUUGCUACACAAACACAAUGAGCUGGUUGCUAAUAAGAGGUACAGCAGUGCAGAUCCAGACAAAGGCUUUCUGGAGUGGCUCUGCCAGGGUAUCUGCACCUGCUACCGAAGCUCGUGAUGGAGCUUUGGGUGAGGAAGGACCUGCUGCUCCUUUUCACCACCGUUUCCUUUCCAUCUCCUGUAAGGGCUGAACGUUGUGAGGUCGUAAGAGGCCUACAGUGCGGCAGUAAGAGAUUCUCCCGAACAGGGCGAGCUGUGUGCUGUUCUCAUUGGUUUCUUUUAACGCACGAGUUCUUCUGGACUAAACUGGGAGCCGUCUGCCUACCUGUGAGUAAUUUAGCGUCAAAAAGAGGUUCACAGGUGUGAAAAGGUUCACAGGUAAAACACAUUAGACCACCACUUCCCAUUAAGGUGCCUGGGAAGUGCGAGGCAGAAUGAGCGCAGGCUCACUGGGCCAGCAGGGGGCACUCUGUGGCAGGUGUUCAUAGUCAUCAGCGCUGAGUGGCAGCGGUUGUAUCCCACGCUCCUGCUGGGCCUCGCUACAGCGCUGACGUUUUCACUACACCACACAGUAUCUCUCAUGUUGCCAUGACAAUCUCCUGGCUCAUUAUAAUAAUUGCUAAAGUAUCCAAGAGAAAGCCCAGGGAUGAGACAAGCCCAGCAAAAAAAAGACAAAAAAAAAAAAAAAAAAAAGAAAAAAGACAGCCACUAUGACUGCAAAAAUUGUCCCAAGAGCAUCCUUGUAAUAUUUAAGUUAUAAACAUAGAUUAUAUUAGAUGUUCUCAGAAAGGCUAUUUAAUGAUGUAUGUGGAUCAUAAAGAGGGCUUUUAAGUGGAACUGUAUAUUUUUUAAAUCUGAGUUUAAAUGAACUAUAAAGGAUUUUUUUUCCCCCCCCUUUUUAUCUUUAAGGUAGCUUUUAGUUGCCACCUUUUGACUGUCCUGUAGUUUGAUAUAAGUUGUAUAUCAUGCAUAUUAUGUUAUUUUUAUUUAACAAUGUACAUGCCUCGCGUUAGUUCUUGUAUUUUGUUUUCAGCUGGUUUGUGUGAUCAGUAUGCAGAGGACAGGGCAGCCCCAGUUCUUCCUCAGACAUCUUUUGGCCACGUUGUUCUUGGCUUGAACGCGCCCCCUAGAGGGCUGGAGGAUCAGGUGCGGGCAGAAUGUCAUCCUGCUCAAGAGCGAGGGGACUGGCCUUGCGUCUCCGUCGUCAAACGGACUUCACCUCCAUCCUCCUGCUUUGUAUAGAGCUGAACGUGUCACUGUAAAACUUCAUGCCCUUUACUAACACAGUUUCUCCACUUUCAAACACUUUUUUUUCUUCCCCAUUUCUAUUCUCAUGGUUUUUUCCAGAUAAAAAAGGAAAACUGGGUUAUGAAAAAAUGUGCCCUGGUGCAAAAUUAUUUGGUUAAAUAUGAAAUUUGUUUUUCAUCCUAAUCGCAAAGACAUAAAAAAGGUGAGAUUUCCUGCAUAGCUGUGCGUGCGUGCGGGCUGUAUAUUGUGUUGAUGUUCUUGGCCUGUGUAAGACCUGCUGUGACAGACAUUGGGGACUGUGGUGUGCUUGCAGUGACUGCACCAACAACCACCUGCUCUAAAUAAAUGUUCUACACAAACA